CGGUGCCUGCUCCACUUCCUGUUUCCGGCUCGUGGCUGUUAGGAGACGCCGCGGACGCUUCAGGCUGUUUGAACAGUAUAACCUAAAACAUGGAUAUCAGACCAAAUCAUACAAUUUAUAUCAACAAUAUGAAUGACAAAAUUAAAAAAGAAGAAUUGAAGAGAUCCCUGUAUGCUCUGUUUUCUCAGUUUGGCCAUGUAGUAGAUAUUGUGGCUUUAAAGACCAUGAAGAUGAGGGGGCAAGCCUUUGUUAUAUUUAAGGAACUGGGCUCUUCCACAAAUGCCUUGAGACAGUUACAGGGGUUUCCAUUUUAUGGCAAACCAAUGCGAAUCCAGUAUGCAAAAACGGAUUCUGAUAUAAUCUCUAAAAUGCGUGGCACUUUUGCUGACAAAGAAAAGAAAAAAGAAAAGAAAAAAGCCAAAACUGUGGAACAGACUGCAGCAACCGCCAACAAAAAGCCUGGUCAGGGAACACCAAAUUCAGCUAAUACCCAAGGAAAUGCAACACCAAAUCCUCAGGUUCCUGAUUACCCUCCAAACUAUAUUUUAUUCCUUAAUAACUUACCAGAAGAGACUAAUGAGAUGAUGUUAUCCAUGCUGUUUAAUCAGUUCCCUGGUUUCAAGGAAGUACGUCUAGUACCUGGGAGGCAUGACAUUGCUUUUGUUGAAUUUGAAAAUGACGGCCAGGCUGGGGCUGCCAGGGAUGCGUUACAAGGGUUCAAGAUCACGCCGUCCCACGCCAUGAAGAUCACGUACGCCAAGAAAUAACAACUGGGACAGUUGCCUUCCAAGGACUGGGCAUUAUUUAUAGUUUUCAUUUUGGUAACAGUUGGUCAGGCCAUUUUAAUAGUUGUGUGUGGAGCAGGGGGAAGUAUAUGUGAAAUUUUUGUAAAGGAUUUUAAAAUAUUACCUAGUCUUUGUUUAGCCUUAGUGAACUAUGAACUAUGAAGGCCUUAAUUUUGUACAAUAAACUUUUAUUUGUAUUCUA